UGCUCCACAGCAACACAGCCCCCUCUAGCUUGGCGAGGAUCUAUCCCAGAAAGGAAGAAAACGGGGAGAGUCGAAAUGAAUUUGUCUUCGUUAAAAGAAGCUAACCCGCCACUUUCAUCCAACAGUGACCAGCUUUUACCGCUCACCAAAAUUUUGGAACUAGACAAGGAAACAGCCCGGUACAUUAUUACUCCACUUCUAACUCCGUUCAGGAGUUCCGAUUUCUGAGGGAUGCUUCGUCUUCCCGUUGACUGUUAUCGGCCUCCCUAACGACCGAUCCGGAUCAUGGAAAACAAUUAUAACCUCGACGACCUAGACAUCGUCUUAAGCGAUGCGAGGCAUGAAGCCGCCACUAUUGCCGGCCCUUCCAAGGAUGGACGGCGCACCGCUCCUAGCACCCGGCGUGGAAGCUUGGUGCCGGCUGUAACUACCGGGGGGGCUAGCGGAGGUCGAAGUAGAAGCCUAAAUCAUGAUCUGGGUCUGUUCAGUUUCGGCCUCAAGGAGCUGAUGGGAGAGGCUUUGCUCAAGGAUGGUGAAAGUCUUGUCUCAUAUCAUGAAUAUGCGGUAUUUUCGCCACCAGAUGGCGACCCGGACCGUGAGACCCGCUCUCCGAGUAUCAUGUCCGAGGGAGAAGAUGGCUUACGAAUGUUUCGAAACGCCGUGAGAAAUGGAUAUGGGUUGGAUAAUGCGGGUAACUUCACUGCAAAGCCAAAGGGAAAGCGUUCGCUACAAGGGAGAGUGAGACAAGUUAUAGCUCGCCGAAGGACAGGGCCGGCACGCCUGCCGGAUGGUGGCGGCGGCGCACCAGACGGGUUGAAUCUUUCGAUUGAAGAUUAUGAGACGCUAGAUCUUCAUCCCGCCACGUUGACUAGUUUAAUGCGGAUCACUAGUGAAGCAUCCUUCUGGGAUGCGAAGAAGGAGAAUUUCUAUGUAAUACUCAGCUUCUCAUCUAACCCUCAACCACCAUACGACUUCCUAUCAAUGACUUAUUCACUACGUACCAAAACGACAACUGCACUAGUACGACGCUCCUUUGACACAAGGUGGCACGCCGAAGAUGCUUUGGACGAGUAUGAACGGCGGUUCGACUCGUGCCGAGCUCGCUGGGCACAUCCGCUCGUACUCCCCAUUGUACUCCUCCAGGUCCAAUUUCUACGCACAGAGGAAGCGGUAUUAGCAAACAAUACUGAAGUUCUGAUUCUAGAAGGACGUGUUGACGCCGUUACAGGGACCACUGGACAAGCUAAUGCUGAGGCCUACAAACGAAAUGGUGCAAAGAGCAGCUCUCGACCACACACUCUCAAACCACUGAAACGUCUAUCGUCACUGAAGGAGUAUGUCGAGGAGAAAUAUGGAAAUGGAAUGCGCGAUCACAACGGUCCUUACGUAGCUAGCCCAGCAGCUAGCUUGUAUGAUCCAGACUAUGUGCCUCCGCAAAGCAUCUACCUUAUGAAGGAAGCCCACGAAGUUCUUAAAGGUUCGAUUCAGCUUUUGGACACGUUAAGAUGGAUGGAGCGUGCAGUCAAGCUGUUGAUGCAAGUUGGAGACGAAUUAGAUGUGCGUCUUAAUGAUAUGAAGACGAAGACCUCAGCCAAGGAAGAACCGAACGACGAUGACCAAGAUGACCUAUCAUUUCAUUGGCAUGAAAUCCGACAAUACCUCGACUCCAUAUGGCGACUCUGUACGUCGCUAGAGACGGACAGGCGUAUGUCCGAGCUGCGAUGCAGGGCACAGAUGGAUAUAAUAUUCUCCAAACUCGCGCAAGAAGACAACAAUCUCAACGCACGAAUGGCGGUGGCAUCAACGCGUGACAGCUCGUCAAUGAAGGCGCUCGCAGUCAUCACCGCCAUCUUCCUUCCCGGCGAGUACAUCGGGACACUCUUCGGCGUUUCAAUGUUCAACUGGCAGAAGGGGACAGCGGGCGACCCGGCAGCAGGUAAGGAUGCGGCCGAUGGCCUGCCGAGUCCGACUAUCAUGCCUUCUUUCUGGAUCUACUGGGCCUUUACGAUCCCCCUGACACUGGUAAUCCUGUCCGCCUGGCGUGGCUGGUGGGUGAACCAAGACCGCUACUUCCGAAGACAUUUGAGCAACGAAUUGUCAAACGAGAGGUAUUGGACCAUUGAUGGGCGGCCGCGCGAUCUCGAAACGAGCUUCACGCACGACUUUUUCUCGCUUUUUAGCAUCAGUGGCGCGAGGAGCACCACGAACAGCACGAUACUAGGGAACCGACAUAAGGCGAAAUUGGAAGCGGAGGACACCCAUAGUCAGGGCACGGGGCCUGGCAUGCCAAAGCCAGGCCGCCCUCUGAGCCAGACUACGAGUGUGGGGAGAGAUCGAGAUUGGAUAGAGAGGUUCGGCGAGGGGCCAAAGUUCCGUCAAGUUUCUUUCGCGUCACAACCACGGCAGAAGCAAGGAAUAUCGGUAGUAUAAUUCUUCCAUCGUGUUAGCGUGUAUUUAGCCAAGUGUACAUCUUUUUUUCAUCUCUCGGUCAGCCUUAUUUGCCAAUUUCUGCACACUUUCAACAUAAUUCUAGUC